UGUUUUGAAAACGCACUGUUGCAGGUUCAUUGGAAGGCACAAUUAUUGUAGAAGAGAUAUCCUUUUCAUAGCAACUUCACAGAAACAUCUUCUGUCACAGUUAAACUCAGAUUCCUCCCAAUCUCCUGAGAUGAAGGUGAAUGUCUUCGUUUUCGCCGUGGCUCUACUUGGUGCCUUCCAACCUCGCUAUGAAUGUAGAGCUAUUGAAACCCCCUGGGCGGUCCAUCCAUCCCACAAUCUACAGGCAGAGCUGCAACAGCAACUCCCCAUUCUUCUGCGACUAGGAGAGGAGUACUUAAUUCGGCUAGACAACUCCAAUCAAAAUGCCCUCCAGUCCUCCUCGCCGAACACAUCUCCUGGAGCUGCUGCGCCCUCAACAACGGUCAACAGGGCUUUACAACUUCAGCUCACGCAGCGCCUUCUGCAAGGUAAAGUCGGUGACAUCAAUCGGUUUCUGAACAGCUACGCUAACCAGAUGGGUGAUUCCAUGGAAAGAGGAAAGAGGUCCGGGCCGGGCGAAGAGCCACCGAUCUCUUUGGACCUGACGUUCCACCUGCUGAGGGAAGUUCUAGAAAUGGCUCGAGCCGAGCAAUUAGCACAGCAGGCAAAUAGUAACCGAAAAAUGAUGGACAUAUUCGGGAAAUGAAAGUGUUAGAAACACAUUUGCCAAAUAAUUUGUUUACAUCUUGCACAAAGUGUACGGUACUAUUCCAUUUCUGUAUUACUCUUUAAUUGGUUAACUUUCGUUAUUUUAUUUAUCAUUUGUAUUUAUUUAAACGAGAGCUGUAAAAUCGAGUUGUAAUUCGCUGUAUAGUUAUUACAUUGUUUGAUUAGAAGCAAACAUAGCCCGUUGACAUGCUGACACUGAACAAAUAUCCUUUGUCUUAAUUUAUAUUCAAGCAUAACAUGUUUUGUAUAUACUGAUAGUCACACAUUCAUCCUCUCUUUCUGAUAUUCCCUUUCAUUGUACAACUGGUUAAAGUUUGAUAAUAAAAUACAAUAUGAGCAACCAAUCACAUUUGUUGUGCAAGAGAACGUCUAAUAUUUAUAUUUGUAAUAAAAAAGUUGAAAAGUUACAUUUAUUGCUUGCUGUGUAGCCUAAAUUGAGUGUAUAAAUACAUUCUGGCUGUUCUUCUGACUGGCGCGGAAAUCUAUUGCGCAAAGGUGUGCCAAAUUAAGCACAGUUUUCUCAAGUCAGAGAUCAGCCCAAUGACGUUUGUUUUCACAGUAUGACGAGAAUACUGCAAGUGCUAGAGAGCAUUUACAGAUAAAUUACAGUUAUUCAACGGUAACAGAGUACU